CCGUCCAGGUGGACGAGGCGCAAGUUCCCCGUCCGCCCCGCCUUCGCGAUGACCGUCAACAAGAGCCAGGGACAAACGAUCCGCGGGCGCGUCGGAGUGCUCCUCCCCGAGCCUGUCUUCUCCCACGGACAGAUGCACGUCGCGGCCUCUCGGGUG